UCCUUGGCCGUGAGAGGGGUCCGGGCCGGGCGCGGCGCCCUUGUUGUCGCCGUCAACGAAAAGUUGGGAGGAGAAGCCUGUAAGACUGUCCUGGAGCAGAGGGAAGAAUUAAAUAUUAUGAGUACUUCUGGAUUAGAGACCUUGUGGAUCUGAAAAAAUAAGUCGUUCUUGUAAAGGUUUGGAGGUACCAAGUAAGGAACUAAUGUAUAUGAUGCUGGAAAUUUUUAAACACAAACUGCUAAUGAAUGAAAGGCUUAAAACAGAUAUAUUUUUGAAGUUAUCAGAAAAAUGACAAUGAAAAUAGGGAUCAAGAAGACCGAUGGAAAACCACUUAGGAGAGAACCAUAGAAGAUGUACACUUCAGAAGAGAAAUGUAACCAGAGAACUCAAAAAAGGAAAACAUACCAUGUAUGCCCUCAAAAGGGGGAAAAAGAUUUAUAUUCGUGUACAUGAGAUUACUCAAAUAGAUAAUCAAAUAUAUCAGUGCCUUGAACGUGAACAAAACUUUUGUGAAAACUUAGCACGAAUGUGUGAGAGAACAUAUACUGAGGAGAAACCUUAUAGAUGUGAUAUGUGUGAGAAAACCUUCAUCCAAAGUUCAGAUCUUAUUUCCCACCAGAGGAUCCAUAAUUAUGAGAAACCUUAUAAAUGUAGCAAAUGUGAGAAGAGCUUUUGGCACCACUUAGCCCUUUCAGGACACCAGAGAACACAUGCAGGUAAAAAGUUUUAUACCUGUGACAUCUGUGGCAAGAAUUUUGGUCAGAGCUCUGAUCUGCUUGUCCACCAGCGAAGCCAUACAGGUGAAAAACCUUAUCUGUGUAAUGAGUGUGAUAAAUGCUUCAGUCGAAGUACAAAUCUCAUAAGGCACCGAAGAACUCACACAGGUGAGAAACCAUUUAAGUGUCUGGAAUGUGAAAAAGCUUUUAGUGGGAAAUCAGAUCUUAUUAGCCACCAAAGGACUCAUACUGGUGAAAGGCCCUACAAAUGCAAUAAAUGUGAGAAAAGUUACCGACAUAGGUCUGCCUUCAUUGUGCAUAAAAGAGUUCAUACUGGGGAGAAGCCGUAUAAGUGUGGUGCCUGUGAAAAGUGCUUUGGCCAGAAAUCAGACCUUAUUGUACACCAGAGAGUCCAUACAGGAGAAAAACCAUAUAAAUGCUUGGAGUGUAUGAGAAGUUUUACCCGGAGUGCCAACCUAAUUAGGCACCAGGCAACUCACACUCAUACUUUCAAAUGCCUUGAAUAUGAGAAAAGUUUCAACUGUAGCUCAGACUUUAUUGUGCAUCAGAGAAUUCAUAUGGAAGAAAAACCACAUCAAUGGUCUAUGUGUGAGAGUGACUUCCUCCUAGGUAUGGACUUCGUUGCCCAGCAGAAAAUGAGGACUCAAACAGAGGAGCUCCAUUAUAAAUACAGUGUAUGUGACAAAAGCUUUCAUCAUAGCUCAGCCUUUCUUCAACAUCAGACAGUGCACAUUGAUGAUGACUACAUCUGUAAUAUGAGUGAAAAAGGGCUUGAUCUCAGCUCUCANGCAUCGGAAACCUCACGUAUGUCUUGACAAGUCAUGUAACCUUAAAAAUAUAUUUAUAUAUCAGAAUUCAAUAAGUGAAAGACUCCUAGGUAAAUUUCAGAUUACCCUUAGAUCUCAGACUUCAUUGGAGUUCAGAGAGUCUACAGUCUUUGGAACUGUAAGAAAAGUUUAAAUGCAGAGAGUGGCCCUGUCAGGACACCUUUAUUAGCCACAGUUGUAAAGAACUCCUCAAAUGCUCUGGGUUUUGGAAACCCAUCACAAGAUUCAUACAGGUAGGAAGCCUUACAGUGCAGUAUGAGAGCUCUCCAGCAGUGUUAAGUCCUCAUUUUUACAAGAUAUUUCACACCAGAGAACAACCAUAUAAAUGUUUUGUAUUGGCAGUACUUCAGACAGUGUGUAUGUCUUAUUGGAUAUCAGAAAAAUCACCCUGGGGAGAAGCCUCAGACAUAAAAGGAAAAAGCUUCUAAAAGAACUCCNACUUUCUUACCCCUCAGAGAUGCCAUACUGGGGUAAAUGGAUAUUUGGGUGUGGCAAAAANACGUGUUGGAGAGUCAUACUUGGGUUUCCAUCCUCCUAGACAAAAAUCAGAGGAACAAUAAGUAUCUGAAUGAAGAAAGCUUAUUAAUUUUCAGCUCUUGGAGCAUAUCAGGGAACUUACAUUAGUGAAAACCCGUACAUGCAUUGUGUCUGAGAAGCUAGAAAGAAGCUCUUAUUUAGCCCAGAGAAUGAAUUCUACGGAGGAGUUGUUCCAGUAAGAGAUCUAAUUGUGGGUGAGAAUCUGUAUAUAUGCUGUUCAUAGUUGAACUACAUUGUGGAAAAAAAAAAAAACAAAAAAACAAAAAACAAAACUAGAGUUGUAUGGAAAUAAUGUCCUAGCAACCCAAAAGCUUGUUCUGGAGGAGCUGGGGCAGGUCUAUGGAU